AUGAAUGUCAGUAUUCCACAGAGCGGCGACUUAUCGGCAACAGCAACGGUGACUUUUCAAACAUUUACUGACGUGUCAUCCAGUUUGUACGAUGAGUCGCCAUCAGUCACACAACAGGAUUCUUCAUUUUCUAUGGUCGAAUCAUCGGCUACAAAUUCAGUAAGUGAAUGGACGGAUACUGGGACACUUCCAACAGAAGCAUCACCGAAAACUGGCACACUUUCAUACGUUGGAUCAUCGGUAACUGAUACCACCGGAGACUCAUCUUUUGUCCAUACAAGUGCAGAUUACACAGAGGCAACCUACUCGGUGUCGACGGAAGGCAUUUCCGGUUCGACAACCAUUCUACAGAGUGCGAGUGAAGAGCAAUCUUCUGAUGCGGCUGUUUCAAUAACGUCAUCAGGUAUGCUGGGAUUGACUGAAACAGAUCCCACAGAAGCAACCUACUCGGUGUCGACGGAAGGCAUUUCCGGUACGACAACCAUUCUACAGAGUGCGAGUGAAGAGCAAUCUUCUGAUGCGGCUGUUUCAAUAACGUCAUCAGGUAUGCUGGGAUUGACUGAAACAGAUCCCACAGAAGCAACCUACUCGGUGUCGACGGAAGGCAUUUCCGGUACGACAACCAUUCUACAGAGUGCGAGUGAAGAGCAAUCUUCUGAUGCGGCUGUUUCAAUAACGUCAUCAGGUAUGCUGGGAUUGACUGAAACAGAUCCCACAAGAGCGACCUACUUGGUAUCCACGUUAGGCAUCGCCGGUACGACAACCAUUCUACAGAGUGCGAGUGAAGAGCAAUCUUCUGAUGCGGCUGUUUCAAUGACGUCAUCAGGUAUGCUGGGAUUGACUGAAACAGAUCCCACAGAAGCAACCUACUCGGUGUCGACGGAAGGCAUUUCCGGUUCGACAACCAUUCUACAGAGUGCGAGUGAAGAGCAAUCUUCUGAUGCGACUGUUUCAAUAACGUCAUCAGGUAUGCUGGGAUUGACUGAAACAGAUCCCACAAGAGCGACCUACUUGGUAUCCACGUUAGGCACUACUGAUUCGACAACCAUUACACAGAGUGCGACCGUAGAACCAUCUCCGGGUGUGAGAGUUUCAGUAAUGUCAUCAGGUAUGCUGGGAUCAACUGAAUCUUUGUCCAGUCUUCCGGUUUUAUCUUUAGAUUCGUCUCCUGUAGCUGAUGGUGUGGGUGGAACAGCCCUAUCGACAGUUCAGCCAACCACUGAUGAGGUGAAUUUGAUUCCCAGCACAACAUACAACUCACUCAUAUUAAGUCAGGAUUCAACAGGCUCGGUAGAAACAUCAGAACCUGGACCUUCACCUCAGAGUACACUGUUCCCAAGUACUCCUGCAUUUGACGUUGGCAUGACGACCCAGGUGUAUUUCAGUCCGUCCGAACAAUUAUCGCCACAGACCAUUCAAUCUACAAGCGAUGUAGAUUCAUCAUAUGCGUUGCAACAAUCCUUAAGUCGUACAUCUGGUGUAACAACGCUAGAUAAAGUGCUAGAUUCAUUAUCCAUUUCGGAAACGACAGGAUCUGUAGUUGGGCCUCCUAAAACUAACACGAUUCAGGGUCCAUCAGGAACAGGUGUGUCCUUUACAAGCGCGUCUCAGAUAUCACCAACUCUGUCAGGAUUGUCAGGUUCCUCUGGAACAGUAGAAGAAUCCACCGAUGAAGGGACAGUGCUUCCCAUCACAAUGACCAUUGUAUCUUCGGAAGCUGUAUCAUCCCAAGAAAGCAUUGAAUAUUCCCGUUUCACGCCUGCGAUGACAGUCGCAUUGUCAUCAACUGUUAGCCACAAUUCUGGAGUUACAUCACCCUCUUCCGUUGAAUCUGAAACAUGUGUGAACCCUACAAACUGCCAAGUCUUAACCGGAAGUGAUACCAGUAUCUUCGAUGAAUCCACAUCAAUCUUGGCUCCAGGUUACACUUCAGAAGCUGUAAUGUCCUCUCACAAUAAUUCCCAAACAAUUGUCCAGACGACUACGGCACAAGAAACAACUGAAGUAUCGCAACAAGUUUCAGUGAUGCAUACUGGUAACGCAUCAGCGAUGUCAGAGAGUUCACAGCUUAGCAUGAGUGUUGUACCGAGUUCGGAUGAAAUAACAUCAACCAGUUCUGACCUUGAUCCAUCUAUUCAGACCAUCUUGACCCAGACCGAUAAUUCUGGAUUAAUGUCGGUCCCUAUGAUCUCAACGGCACCAUAUUCACAAAUGUCUGAAAGCGGCACCCUUGUCCAGAUAUCACGAACUUCCAGUGGUCAACCGGCAACUACAAUCAGCGGCAGUACAAGAGAGCCGAUAACAGAUUCGCUUAGAACCAGUCCUACGGCAACGCCAAGUACGUCAAGCAGCGUAGCGGUUACGAAUCCUGCACCUGCACCCGCACCAGCACCUGCAGUACACGUACCCGAUAUCAUAUUCAAGGUAUAUAUUCCAGCUCCAGCUCCUGCUCCUCCUCCUGCUCCCGUCCCGGCUCCAUCGCCAGCACCUACAACUACAUCACAUCCACCUACUCACAGUCAACCGGAAACAACCACAGAAACUGCAGAUGAAGCUAACUUUCUGAGUGAUAGCAUGACGAUUCUCAUUUUCGCUGGGGCGACAUUACUCUUCGUCGGGGUCGUUGUCGUCGUAGUUAUCUGUAUCGUACGUCAUUACACGCAGAGCGCCGACAUGCGGCGAGAGGAGACAUUACGAAUGGUACUCCUUCCUCAACGAUGGUGGCGCAAUAACAUUGGGGUCAAACCAGCGAAUGAUGUGCCAAGUUACAAUGAUGACUGGAACAGUGGUUUUAACGAUGGAAAUUACAAUAGCUUUGAUCUCAAAAGGAGUAAAGAUCAAAGACCGUCGAUUAUUCCACCUAUAACUGAUGCAUGGUUUUAA